CCCCGCCCCCACCCACCACCCCACGGUCAUCGUCCCAGCCCCGCCUCCCCAUCACGUCACCGUGGUAACCAUGGGCCCGGCCUCUGUCAUCAACACAGCCUCCACGUCUCGCCAGAACCUGGACACCAUUGUGCAGGCCAUCCAGCACAUUGAGAGCAUCCAGGAGAGGGUGGGGGAGGAGGAGCAGCGCCGGGCGGUGAUCGUCACCCAGGGACGCGCCCUCACAGACACAGCGGGGUCCGACACGGCGUCCGACAGUGAGGGGCCAGAGGACUGCUCACUGCCCUGAGGCCUCCCAUCACACACAGGGGCCACGAGAGGGGGCCCCAUACAACACCCACAAUACUCUGAUUAUAUGGCCAUUUAUUAGGUUGGAUAGACGGAUCAGACUCACACACACACACUGAACUAGGAUAGUCUACUGUAACCGGAUAAUUACACACGCACACUUCUUUCUGUCUCUCUUUUCUGCUUUCUUGCUUUUUCUCAAACCGGACAAAAAAAAUCAGUAGAAAGGUGAUGGGUUGACCUGACAGUUCCACAUAGCUCAAGCAGCCAGCAGCCUUCCCAACGGUCACGACGCACCCAUCCAACCCACUCCCUCUCUGGGUCUUGCUUCUCCAGAGGGCUGCCUGAGGAUGGAAGUGUCACACCCAGGUCCAGCCCGGUCCCUUGGCUCAGUUGUCCAAUGGAGACUCUUUCUCACCUUCUCCAAAACCAACUAAGCAACUUAUGCCCAGCGAGCAGGAGAGCGCGCCUGGACAGGACAGGUGUACCCCAACCAGCAGCACAGCCGUCCCAGGCGACCCCAAACCCCCCCAAACGAGAGAUAAUUUCUCCAAGAAGUCUUCUACUUCCUGUAUCUCUUCACCAUAUUUCUGCCCAGUGGGACACAUUCAAAGACACAUUCUGAAGMWGUUCUAACACACCUUUUUGGCUCCUUAGUAGGAGAAAAUGUUGUCGUUUUUCUGUUGUACUUUACAAAGAAUUUGUAAGAGUUUGUGUUACAGGUUUUCUUUUUGAUCUUGUGUUCUGCUCGGGGGCUCUGGAUGAUAAAUCACAGGGAUUGUACUGAAACGUGACAACACAGAAAAUGCCCAUAUUGACGCAGCAAGAGGUCUGUUCAUUUCAGUGGUGCUUACUAUGGAAAGAGGAGGAGUGCACUUACGGUUCCCUCUGUCUCUUUUUGCGCCAUCACACUUUUUACUGGGCUGGGUUCCCAGUAGACAUUUAUGUAGGCGACACUCUCCCCUAAUUACAAACAAGUAUGUUGGUUGCAUCAGUAGUACAGAUGAAAACCUGUAACACGGAUUCACCCUUUUGUCUGUUGCUUCUGACAUUUUGGCAUCUAGCUUGUUGAAUAAGCUAAUCGAUGKGUACGCCUUGAGUUUUUAAAACCCUUUGUGUGUUUUUGCUGUUGUACACAUAGGAUAGGCUGGUGUAUCCAGCUCCACGCUGUAAUUAGGUGGGUUGUGUCCGGGGUUAGGAAAGCCCUGUAUUUGGGACAGGCCUCUGUUUGAUAUUGUAGGAGAACACACACACCCCCCUGUGCAAUUAAUGGUCCCAUCAUCUGAUAAAGCUCCUCCCAUCAUCUGAUAAAGCUCCUCCCAAUCAUUUGUCCCUGAGUUUUGGGAACGUGCUUCUGA